AUGGCGGGCAAUGGCUCCGAAGAUGUUCAGUACCUCGCGCCCCCCGCCGUGGCAGCGUUGCGGCAGGAGGCCCGAGCCAUCGACUCGAGAUUCUCUCCCUCUCGCUCUCCAAGUCUGGACGACAUGCGGGAAGAACGGGAGGUGUUGAAGGAGGCGGCCGAACAGACCCUCAACGUCAUUGUUGACCUUGGUCUCGAUGGCCGUGUCAAAUGGGUCAGUCCGUCAUGGACACAGGUCGUGGGAACGCCCCCGGAGUCAAUAGAAGGACGGAUGAUUUCCGACUUGUUGGUCGGCAACAAAAAUGUCUUUCAGGAUACAAUAGAGAGCAUGAAGGAGGACGAUUCGUACAGCCGCUUCAUUCGAUUCGCCGUGCAGUUGGGACCCGACUCGGUCCUGAAAUACUCGCCGGAGCCGCCAGUUGCAGCGCAGUCGAUCACGGAAGAAACGGGGGAGGCUUCUCAAGGCUCGGAGGAUCGGGAAGAGGCCCCUGAGCUGAAAGAAAACCGCCAGGAUAUUCUCCACAUGGAAGGACAAGGAAUCAUGGUCUUUGACCGUACGUCCGAUGGGGCAGGCCAUACGAUGUGGAUGUUGCGACCGUUUACAGAACCCAGAGAAGUGACAAUCGACCUCCCUCCCUUGUUGGUCGAGUCCCUUGGUGUUGGCGCGGAAGUGUUAGCAAACUAUUUGACCACCUUGGCGGAGGCUGCCGCGAGUGAACCGGAUCCCUCCAAGCAUCCGGCUCCCAGCCCGGUAUUGUGUCGCAUCUGUGAGCGUCAGAUCACCCCGUGGUGGUUUGAGAAGCAUUCAGAUCUCUGUCUUCAGGAACAUCGUGCCGAAAUGGAUGUUCAGAUCGCCCAGGAAAACCUGAAUGAGCAUCGCCAUGCGAUUGUCCGAGUGCUCGAUGCGCUGGAGGCAAGACAAGGCAGGCCUUUAGUUCUUGGGGAAAGCCCUCCACCUCCACCAAUUCAGCCGGAGUACAAAGGACUGCCCAUUGGGCCGUCUCCGACUGCCUCGGCUCCCUCAUCUGGCUCUGCUUCUAGUGCAAAUUCCGCCCCUGGUACGCCACCUAGGUCGAGAGACCAUUCGGCCUCGGGACUUGGACACGCCAGGGCACGAUCUUUUGCAGUGCGACGUCCGCUAGCCCGAAUUGUUGAGCUUAUUCUGGAUCUAUGCGAUACAGCCUUGGAAAUCAACAUGCCCAUGAUCAGGGAGUCUUCUCGAGCUGAUAGUAGUGACGACUUUCGAACCUUGUCUCCGCAAUCAGAAUCGCGCAUCUCACAAGUUAUCCAAUGGCAGUCACCUAGUUCAAAUACUCUCGAGCAGGAACAGGGUCUAGCUGCCCUAUGCAUGGACACGGAGCAGGUCGCGAGGGCGAAGGUAGACGCGGUUGUCCGCCAUAGGAGAAUAGUGGAAUACGCAGAGCGUAUUCGCAUCGAGUACACAAUCUUGGUAGAAGAGUGUAUUACCGCAGCACUCAGCAAAGCCGAGCGCAUUGCCGCUGGUCAGCUCAGCGACUCUAGCGCGUCUGACGAUGACUCGCCGCAGGAAUCCGAUCCUGUAGUCACUGCAGCUAGCCCCAUUCUGUACGCAAAGCGGGAAGCGACAGUGCCAGGUUCAACGUCUGCUCUCACCAUGUCCAUGCGCAAUUCGCCAGAUCGUUUCCAGUCAUCGCAGUCGGAAGGCAAAUCCUCGGUCGCCGUGUCCACAGGAUCGAAUAGCCCCAUGGAAUGUCCUACGCCACGUUCACAUAAAAGCAUUGCUGGUGUGUUAGGGACAUCACAGCCCUCACGGCGGGGAUUGUCGCUGCUUGAAAUCGAUGCGGGUGAAAAUAGUGAUAGCAGUAUCCCCUCCAUCUUUCCCGGUGCCUUACGAACAGAUUCGCCUUCUUCGGAUCGGAGUCUAGAUAGAAAACGUCGCAGCCUAGUACUCCCUGGGCUGUCCAGUUCUCCCCGACGGCAACACUCACCUGCGAGGAUCUCGGGUCCUCAUUCGCCGCUGCGAAUGCCUCGAGCUCGUCUCUCCAGUGGUGCUGACAGCCUACCAUCGCCUAUAGUGUCUCCCUCGGCCAAUGCAAACGAGUUGGCUCAGCUCCAUUAUCGUCACCAUCGUCGUCAAUCGUCGGCAACGUCGUCCGAUGUUGCUAAACCGCCCGUAUCGCCCCAUCUGUCCUCCGUCAGCCAGCCCCAGCCACGACCAGCUCCCCUGUCGAUCAAAGAUUUUGAGAUCAUCAAGCCUAUUAGUAAAGGUGCGUUUGGCAGUGUUUACUUGUCAAAAAAGAAGGCAACAGGAGAAUAUUUCGCUAUCAAAGUGUUGAAGAAGGCGGAUAUGGUUGCAAAGAAUCAAGUAACCAAUGUCAAGGCGGAACGUGCGAUUAUGAUGUGGCAGGGGGAGAGCGAUUUUGUUGCUAAGCUCUACUGGACAUUUUCCAGUAAAGACUAUCUCUAUCUGGUAAUGGAGUAUCUCAACGGGGGCGACUGUGCUUCGCUUGUCAAAGUGCUUGGCGGACUGCCUGAGGAUUGGGCGAAAAAAUACAUUGCUGAAGUAGUCCUCGGCGUGGAACAUCUCCACGGCAGGGGCAUUGUGCAUCGUGAUCUCAAGCCCGACAAUCUCCUAAUCGAUCAGACAGGUCAUCUCAAGCUGACCGACUUCGGCCUGUCCCGCAUGGGUCUCGUUGGGCGUCAAAAGCGUGUUCUGAAGAGCAUGAAUCAUGAGCCGGCGCCCGAUCUACUCAAGCAAGGAUCACUUCCUCGAACUACGUCAAUUGCAUCUUCGCGAUCAGCUUCCUUCGAUUUCCAGGGCGGCGGAUCGCCGUGCUCGACUCCUCUGAUUACGCCUGAUGCGGCGGGCAGUAUGCCCCAACCGUCUUAUUUCAACCUCAAUCAGAACGGCCUCAGCCGACAGACAUCGCGCCGAGCGUCAGGGUAUCGGAGUGAUAGCGGAGCUAGCGAGAGUCUUAAUGCCAUCUUCAGGACAAUGUCUCUUCAUGAGGGUGGCGAAGCCCAGGGCUCAAUGCCUGUCCCCGUUCCUACAACCAACCACAUGCCUGAGGAAGAAAGCCAGAUCGAGGCGGGAGAAUCCCCUCAUUUGUUUCCUCUUCAGCCGACGCUAAGCAACUCAUUCUCAUAUAGCACUCCACCACAACAGUCGAUGAUGCCCCCACUGAUGGCCCUCUUCGACCCCGAAGAUCAUAAUCGGCGCUUUGUUGGUACCCCGGAUUACUUGGCUCCGGAGACUAUCAAUGGCGUAGGUCAAGAUGAGAUGAGUGACUGGUGGUCCGUGGGAUGCAUAAUGUUUGAGUUCUUGUUUGGAUAUCCGCCGUUCAAUGCGUCAACUCCAGAUGAGGUCUUCGAUAACAUACUCCACCGCAGGAUUAACUGGCCCGAGGAAGCCGAUGAAUUAGCCUCGCCUGAAGCGAUUGAUUUGAUGAACAAGCUCAUGACCAUCAACCCUCGAGAGCGUAUUGGUGCCAACGUCGAGGAGAAAUUUCCAAAUGGAGGAGCCGAAAUUCGUAGCCAUCCAUGGUUUUCCGAUAUCAACUGGGCCACUCUGCUUGAAGACAAAGCCCAGUUUGUGCCAAAUAUAGAAAACCCCGAGGACACGGAAUAUUUCGAUGCUCGGGGUGCUACACUUCAGGCCUUUACCGAGGAACUCGAAGAUGGAACGCCGCCACCGCAGCCGCUAACUGCCGGGGCAUACCCUCAGGAUCGGCCUCAUGAUGCAUUGUUCAAGGUACGCUCUCAAGUUAAUGCGAUGAAACGACCUUUGAUGCCACUGCACAUUCCGCCUCAUGUGCGAGAAUCGCGAAGUAGGAGGUUGAGCGAGCCGGCCCCUGCGGACGACUUUGGCAAUUUUUCGUUCAAGAACCUCCCCAUGCUCGAAAAAGCCAACAAAGAUGUGAUUCAAAAAUUGCGCCAGGAGGCGAUGCAGGCACAGCAACGCCAUUCUACGUCCGGUGGUUCUCAGCCUACGCAGCCUCAAGGACAAGAGCCCGCUGCGCCCGUACCCCAGCCCUCCUUAGAGGGAAGUCCCCUGCCAAUGUCGCUGCAGCGGACUUUAUCUCAGACUAAGGGCAACAACAGACCCUCAUCUCCCUCAGCCAUGAGUCAGGCCAACUCGUCGCCCAGUCGUCCAUCCCAACCUUCGUCGCCAUUGCUUGUUCAAUUCAGCACCGGUCAUAACCACGAGCGCAGGAAAACUUCAGGAUCGUCGUCUUCUCAAUCUACCGGCUCCCUGCAAGCAACAACAGCAGAUCCAAAUCGCAUGACAAGUCUCAAAUUUGGGUCGACUGCAUCAUCACCAGUCAAGACUACCAGGGCCGCAGGGAACUCUCCUGACAAGACUCCUUCAGGACAGCGUCACGGCAGUGCUCCGGCAUCGCGGACAAGGUCGCAGACUAUUGGCUCACAAGACGGCGAUCUCUCAUCGUCGUUGGCAAAGGAGACCUUUGUGGGAACUCACCACAAACGUCGUAGUCAAUUAUUCGACGUAUCUCCUUCCUCCUCGGACAACGAAGAUCCCCGCACCAAAGCCUUACUCAAGGUUCAACGGCGUCGCCAGAGCUCCAGGCGGCUCUCCCAGUUCAACCUUCCGGAAGGGCCCUUUUUCCGACCCUUGAACGUUCUUAUCUGUGAGGAUCAUCCAGUUUCGAGGCUGGUCAUGGAACGCCUUUUCGAAAAGCUUCGAUGUCGCACCAUAACCGCUGUCAAUGGCGCAGAGGCUAUGCGUUAUGCUUUGAGUGAUAUUCAAUUCGAUAUCAUCAUGACGGAGUUCAAAUUACCGCAAGUUAAUGGUGCAGAUGUUGCGCGCAUGGUACGCGAAACGCGCAGUCCAAAUCGGCACACCCCUAUCAUUGCAGUCACAGGUUAUCUUAAAGAUCUGCCAGAAACACACCACUUCGACUCGCUAAUCCAGAAACCCCCUACUCUCACGAAAUUGACCGAGGCGAUGUGCAAGUUUUGUCAAUGGAAGCCGCCUCCGAAGGAUUACAAUCCUCUGUCAAUGCCGGCGCCAGUUGUGCUCCGCCAGCCUUCGAGUCAGGCCGAGCAUAGCCCAAGUUCGACGGCAUCUUCUGGCUUUGCUCAUGUUCCCUCUAGCUCAUAUAGAGGGUCUAGUCGCGAGGAUUCUAUCGGCAGUAGCUAUUUCGGUGAUAUGGAGUCAGUCAAAGCAGAAGAUGUUCCUGUCAUUGUUGGUCGCCACCACGACGAUUGGACACCGAGCAAAGGAGGUCUUGGCAUAUCCGAGGAAGCACACAGGACCAGAGGCAGCACAGAGACAGGGUUCAGAGGCGGCCCGGAGGCGGUUCCUUUCCCCAGCCUGCUUCUCACGGAUUCCGCACCAGUGACGGACCCCUCUCCGGGAGUGACGACGACGCCUCGCAAGCAGCGAUCUAGCGAUGCGAUUCGAGCCAAGAGAGAAUCGCUAGAAAAGAAGCGCUAUGAGUGUGGCGAGUCUGGCGAUGACGAAGAUGAGGAGCUAGGCAAUACUCCGUCACGAACUUGCAGUCCACGCCAGAGAACCCAUCGUCCCGGUUCCAAAUUGGGCUUAGAGAUGAUGAGGACGAAUAGUCGAGGUAGUGUCGUCAGCGGCAGCGAGGAGCUCCUUAAGAAGGAGAGAGAAUCCUUGGAAAGACGCACAAGCGCCGGCUCUUCUGGAUUCAGUGAUACCGACGAGUACGGUCUUAAUCGCCCUUCAGCCCUGGAGAGGACAUACGAGGGACUUCAUAUUCCUGAGGAGGCCAUCAUAAGCACUGUGGAAGAAGAGGAAGAAGAAUAUAGCCCUAAGCACUCCCCGACUCGAGAGCUAGGAUUCAGGAUGGACCCGCCUGCCAUAUUCCUCGAUGAAUCGUCACCACCUGACACCAGGUCUGUGCCUGGAAUUAUCCACCAGCCCAGCGCCGAGCCCCUCAAAAAAGGGCAUAUCACACCUCCGGUUGUUUUUCCGAAGAACAAUCUUGAUUUGGCCCCUGUGGAAGACGAUUUCGGCACACCUCGUAUCAAAACCGCCGAAACCGACCUAGUUGCAGGCUUAUCCGCCGAUGCCGAUGUCGAUCAGAUCCCAGAUGCCGAAGCAACACCUCGGCCUUUGCAUACUCCUCUACCCAGCCUCUAUUCUGGUAAUACUCCCGAUCAGCCUGAAAGAUAG